AUGACCAAUGACAAGGUUCAGGUCCGGCAUGGUAGUUGCUGGGGUAUUCCACGAUGUGUUUGUGCUGUAGCAGCAAGGUCUGGCCGCGACGUGUUUGUCCUAGACUUUUGCAGUGGGAGAGAGUUCAUUAAUUUCCCCAUGUGUGAAGAUAAAUCGUUGCAAGUGUAUAAAGACGGAGACUUUAAGUAUAGGGUAAUUUUUCCCACUGGCACUUCGUUAAAAGUUUAUAUGUAUAACUAUAAGUACUGGCGCACGACUAGCACAUUAAUGUCAUGGUAUAUUAAUGUGGAAGUGUAUCCAACAAUAUCGGAUGAGAACGCUACUAGUGGACUGUGUGGAUAUCUGGAUGACAUUCCAAAAAAUGAUUUAAGAUGGAAGAAUGGUUUUCAAGAUGACCCAUCACAAUAUAACUAUUACAAACACCCGGAUAAUUUUUCUAAAUCUUGGAGAUUGCCCAGUGGAAGCAGCGAGGAUUUACUGCAACAUGACGCAUCUAUUUAUGACAAUUUACAAGGAAUGACAAACUAUUCCUACAAACUGUGUUAUUGCGAUGAAGUUAAAGGACCUGUGUGCUCGUACCAACGGUAUCAAAAUUGCAAAACAGAUAGCCGUGGAAGGUCAAAAAGACAGGCUUUCACAUCACAGGAAGAUGCUACAACACUCUGCACAAAAGCCUUUCAGGAAUCCGCACAUUAUAAAGAUUGUUUACAAAAUGUCCCCAAUUUUGGCAACGAGACUUUUAUAAAUUGCAUCAAUGAUAUAAUGAUGACUGGAGAUGAGAACCUUACCACUCUCCACGUUGAAACAGCUCUUGAUCAGUGCAAAGAAUAUAUCUAUUACAAUUCAACCUUACAGACAGAUAAAAAGGAAAUAGUAACAACAAUAUCAAUGCUGUGUUCAAAAAAUUGCAGCAACAGGGGAUACUGCAACCAAGGUAACUGUACAUGCGAUCCAGGAUAUGGCGGAAGUGAUUGUUCCUUUGACAUGUUUGCUCCUCCAACAAUUACCCGCAUUUCCGACUUUGGCCUUUGUGAUAAGACAACAGAGUCUUGUGAUAACGUUUUUAUCUAUGGAAGAUAUUUUGUGAAGAACUUGUUGUCAUCCUGUUUUAUCAGGAGAUCAGAGAUAUCUGAAUCUCAGAGUUUCGCUGUGUGA